AUGACAGAUAUUGGCAUUAUGGCUUAUUAUCUUGGCAUUGAAGUCAAGCAAAUGAAGGAUGGAAUUUUCAUUCACCAAGAAGGCUAUGCUAAGGAAAUUCUCAAGAAAUUCAAGAUGGAAGAUUGUAAAUUGGUGAACAUGCCCAUGGAAGUUGGAAUUAAAUUGUUAAGAGAUGAAGAUGGAAAGACGGUGGAUCCAACAUUUUUCAAAAGUCUUGUUAGAAGCUUGAGAUACUUAACAUGCACAAGGCCAGAGAUAUUAUUUGCGGUUGGGCUUGUUAGUCGGUUUAUGGAAAGACCCACCAUAACUCAUUUCAAGGCGGCUAAGAGGAUUCUUCGUUACAUCAAAGGUACCAUUGAUUUUGGGUUAUUCUAUUCAUUUACUAAUGAUUUCAAGCUUGUGGGUUAUUCUGAUAGUGAUUGGGCCAGAGAUUUGGAUGAUAGAAAAAGUACUUCUGGCUAUUGUUUUUUCAUGGGAAAUGUUGCUUUUACAUGGUGCUCAAAGAAGCAACCCAUUGUCACCCUCUCAACUUGUGAAGCAGAAUAUGUUGCAGCCACUUCAUGUGUUUGUCAAGCAAUUUGGUUGAGGAAUUUGUUGAAGGAAUUACAUAUGCUACAAGAAGAGUCAACGGAGGUUUUUGUGGACAACAAAUCAGCAAUUCUUUGGCCAAGAAUCCGGUGUUUCAUGAACGAAACAAACAUAUUGAUACAAGAUUUCAUUUCAUUAGAGAAUGCAUAA